AAAGCCACGCGGGGCCGCUGCGUUUGUAGAUGUGUUGAGACUAAAUUAUUGUUAAUUGAUUGAUUAUAUAAUUAUAAAUAUGAACGAAAAUAAAAAAGUGGAUUUCGAGGAGGCUCUGGAAAAAGCAGGUUUUGGUCUCUACAGCUACAUGCUCACAAUAACUACGGGUCUGAUAACCAUAGCGUUUGUAUGUGUUGCGUACGGGACCACCAUUAUUAUACCGGCUAGCACUUGUGAGCUGGAAACAUCUGUUACUCAAAGAGGAUUCCUUGCUGCUGGCCCUAUUAUCGGUUUAAUCAUAGGUGGUUCACUAUGGGGAUAUAUGACGGACGUGUUCGGUCGGCGUUUCAUGUUAAUUAUCUCACUACUAUCGGCAGCUGGAGUCAACUCUCUGGCAAGCAUCUCUCUCAACUGGAUCAUGCUGCUAUGUCUACAGUUUCUAGCCGCUGUACUUGCUUCGGGGCAGUAUUUUCAAUCAUUGACCAUGCUGAGUGAGUGUGUACCGGCUAGGAAACGAAACAUGGUGGUGCUGUUAGCAUCCUGCUGGGCGCUUCUGGGUCAGGGUAUUAUGGCUGUGCUGGCAAUACCCAUCAUACCAUUAACAUUCUCCAUACCGCUUCCAACACUGGGUAUAUACUGGAACUCAUGGCGGACACUUCUGAUGGUGUACUCUGUUCCGAGCAUUGUUUCUGCUGUGUGGCUUGGCUUCAUGCAAGAGAGCCCAAAGUUUAUGUAUUCUAAAGGGAGAGUGGAUGAAGCUUUGCAGAUUUUACAAAAAAUACACAAAAUAAAUCAUUUGGGAUCACCGGAGGAGUUCGGGAUCCAGGCCAUUGCAAGGGAGACACCAGCUAAGAAUACGGACCAGAAUACCUCUAAGCAACAUUUCUUGCCACUAUUUAAGCCUCCGCUGCUCAAGUCUAUGCUGAUUAUAACUGCACUAUUCCUCUUUCAACAAAUAGGAUCAUUCUUGAUAUGGUUCCCGACGAUUACCAAUAAGAUAGUUGAGAUAGUCGAAACCGGUGAGGGUUCUGAUCUGACGCUGUGCGGUGUCAUCAAUGCCAGUCUUCACACUCCACCAGACCCAAAUGCAGUUCCAUGUUCAAUCAAUGUAACAUCAAUGUUGAUAGUAUUCGGUUUGGGAGUUGGACAUUCUAUUUUCAACCUUUUUGUGAGCAUUGUAAUCAACCGCGUCGGGCGCCGCAAUAUGGUAAUAAUCAUAGCAUCUGUAUGCGGCCUCUGCGGCAUUGCUGUUAACCUGGUACACAACGUAUUCGCCAGUGGGAUCUUCUUCCUUAUAUUCCUGUUUGGAAUCGUUGUAAUGGGACUGUAUACUGCAAUUGCAGUGUCGUUGUUCCCUACACAUUUGAGGGCGCUGGCAGUGUCUUUGAGCAUAAGUGGCGGUCGUAUUGGCACGUUCGCUACGGUGCAAAUUUUGAAUCAGUUACUGGAAAGUAAUUGUGAAGCAGGCUUCUACGGAUUCGCUUCUAUUUUUGCAUCAUCAGCAAUAUUGGCAGCUUUUCUCGCUGACGACCGUAAGGCACCGGAAAAAAAUCAAUCAAGAGAUUUAACAGAAACGAGUAAACUAUAAUCUAGUCAUUUAAUUUAGAACCACGUUAUGUGAAUUCUGGUAUUGAUUCCAAAUUUAGUGUUUACUUUAUGAUACUGUUAAUAAUGUUAUGAUUAUAAGUAGGUACUAAGUGGGUACCAUUUAGAAUAAAGUGUUAAUUAAUGUUAAAUGAAUGAAUAUUAAAUGUUUUAUAAACUUAA